AUGGGUUUCAUCGAGAAGUUGCAAGCAAGUAUGUUGUCUCCAUUUCCUAGGAGUUCACCCAUUAGUACCACACAUCUCGAAGCAUCACGCGCUAUGCUCGUCGCAAACACCGCAGCACCUUUUCAGGGGUUCCCUACGUCGACGGGGAAUACGUCUACGUCGGCGGAUCCAACUCCUCGUCAGGGACCGUCUCCAAGCACUCGACAGGCAGCUACUGGAAAGCCUCUACAUGGGGAUCGUCUGGCGACUCGCGCUGGCGGUGAUGCACCUUUUUCGUCAUUCUUCAAGCGCUGUCUUUUCGUUUUGCUCGACUACCAAUCCUCCUCAUAA